GGAAGAGGAGCCUUUGGUGUGGUCUGCAAGGCAAAAUGGCGAGCUAAAGAUGUAGCCAUUAAACAAAUAGAAAGUGAAUCUGAAAGAAAAGCCUUCAUUGUAGAGCUUCGACAACUAUCACGAGUAAACCAUCCCAAUAUUGUCAAGUUAUAUGGAGCCUGUCUAAACCCAGUGUGUCUUGUUAUGGAGUAUGCUGAAGGAGGUUCUCUGUACAAUGUCCUGCAUGGUGCUGAACCUCUGCCUCAUUAUACUGCUGCACAUGCCAUGAGUUGGUGUUUACAGUGUUCCCAAGGAGUGGCAUAUCUCCACAGUAUGAAACCAAAGGCUUUAAUCCACAGAGACCUGAAACCACCAAAUUUGCUCUUGGUAGCUGGGGGGACAGUUCUAAAAAUCUGUGAUUUUGGUACAGCCUGUGAUAUUCAAACACACAUGACCAACAAUAAGGGAAGUGCUGCUUGGAUGGCACCUGAAGUUUUUGAAGGUAGCAAUUACAGUGAAAAAUGUGACGUUUUCAGUUGGGGUAUUAUUCUCUGGGAGGUAAUCACCCGUAGGAAACCUUUUGAUGAGAUUGGUGGCCCAGCUUUCCGCAUAAUGUGGGCAGUUCACAAUGGUACUCGGCCACCACUGAUCAAAAACUUACCUAAACCAAUUGAGAGUUUAAUGACCCGUUGUUGGUCCAAGGAUCCCUCACAACGACCAUCCAUGGAGGAAAUUGUUAAAAUAAUGACACACUUGAUGCGGUACUUUCCAGGAGCUGAUGAACCUCUGCAGUAUCCUUGCCAGUAUUCAGAUGAAGGCCAAAGCAACUCUGCCACUAGUACAGGUUCAUUCAUGGACAUCACUUCUACAAACACAAGUAACAAGAGUGAUGUUAACGUGGAACCAAGUGACUUCCAAGGAGCUUCUACUAAUGACACCAUUAAACGUUUAGAGUCAAAAUUAGCGCAGCAAAUGAAAAAUACAGCCAAGCAGCCGGGUGACCCUGGCCGUUUGAGUUUACCCCCAUCUCGUGGGAGCAGCGUGGAGAGCUUGUCAGAUGCUCGUGCGCGACCACAGUCAGCCCUUGUUUCAGGAGAAGCCAAAAGGAUGAGUGCUGACAUGUCUGAAAUAGAAGCAAGAAUAGCUUCCAUCACAGGAAACGGACAGCAGAGGCGCAGAUCCAUUCAAGAUCUUAGUGUUGCUGGAACAGAGUCCAGUCAGGAGAGUAGAAACAGCAGUAGAUCAUCUAGUCCUAGUGUGAGAAUGAUCACUACCUCGGGACCAACCUCUGAAAAGCCAACUCGUAAUCCAUGGACACCUGAUGAUGCAGAGACCAAUGGGUCAGAUAACUCUAUCCCAAUGGCAUAUCUUACAUUAGAUCAUCAGUUACAGCCUCUAGCACCAUGCCCAAACUCCAAAGAAUCUAUGGCUGUGUUUGAACAGCACUGCAAAAUGGCGCAAGAAUAUAUGAAAGUUCAGACAGAAAUUGCAUUGCUGUUGCAGAGGAAACAAGAACUAAUAGCAGAACUGGACCAGGAUGAAAAAGACCAGCAAAACACAUCCCGUCUGGUACAAGAACAUAAAAAGCUGUUAGAUGAAAACAAAAGUCUCUCAACUUACUAUCAGCAAUGCAAAAAACAAUUAGAGGUCAUCAGAAAUCAGCAACAGAAACGACCAGGCACAUCAUGAUUUCCUGGGACCUUUCAAAUGAAAAAUAUGCACAGAAAAGACUGAUAUUUUUUUUUAUUGUUCUUAUUAUCUCUUAUUAUGACAACUCAUGAGUGUUAGCUUCUUGGUGUGAUCUGUAUUUGUCUGCUACACUUACCAUCAUUUAAUUUUCUUUUUCCUAUGGUGGACAUCCAGUUCAACGGGUUAAUCAAAUAAGGUGAGAAAAAAGUGACUUGAAUUAACCAACAGCCCUCAAUUUAAAGGAAGAACAGUGGCUGUAUGCAUGCUCCUUGUGUGAAGGCUAGCCUAACAAGUGUUCAGGUGGCUGCUAAAUUGUAAGAUCUUGGUUUUGGUUUUUGGUGUUACCUCGAUAAGAGCAAAACAAAAACUUUCCUCUUUAAGAAUGGUUUUGUUCCAGUGUCUCAUCUCAAACUGUUAAUAUGAUGAUUAUUUUCAGGACUUAAACAUGCACCAAGCUGCAGAGGUGAUGCUGGCUGACCAGAGUAAUUCAUGAUGCAUUAGUGAUGCCUUUUACCUGUAGACGUAGUGUAUUUUUUCCACAUGCAAAAUGGUAGGCAAACUGAUGCCAGCAUCCUUGGUUCAGUGCUUGAUAGCCCUGCAUUUUGACUAACAUAUUUCUUGUAAUCUUGCAUUCAUAAAAUAUUUGAAGUAAAAAA